UUUUUGUACGCAAAUUUCCAGCUGCGAGUUGGCUCUCUCAUUGGUUGAAACCACAGUCAGAUUCCUACACAAAAUUAUCAGAUUGAAAAUCAGGGAGGGGAGCAAAAGAAAGAGCGCAACGAUGUUGUAUUCUGACUUUUGAGAAAGGAUUUUAGGAAAUAUUUCUUCGACAGAUUGGAAACUGUUUUAACGCCGGGACAAUAAUUAGGCAGAAUAUAGCCUAUACAUUUCUCCACCAUCCCGUCUUAAUAUCUAAAGUGUUGUCAUGCCACGAUCUUUUUUGGUGAAAAACAAAAGGUGCGCAUCUUAUAAUGUGCACCGCUCUCACGAAGACCAAGAACCGAAGGAACCUGAAUUAACAAGUAAUUCCCCAGGGGUGACCUCGUCAGAACCACAGAGUCCAGAGUCCCCAGUCCGGCCUCAAUCAGUGGGUGAGCCCUCUCGCCCUGAUUCAGACCCCUAUUCUUACAUCCAACAUGAGAAGGAGCUUGAACACCCAGCCGCCCCCAAGCCUGAGCCAGCGGGACACCCUGUUGCCCCGACUCCUCGCCCAUACUACUUAUCAGAGGGUCACAUGGCAGAGUUCCCUCCAUAUUACAAGCACUCCUACAACUGGGACUCUGUACUUGCUCCCUAUGACCUCCGCCAGAUGGGCUUCCCCCCUUCCCUUUUGCAGCGUGCCAGCAGCCUGUAUGGAGCUCACGUCAGCCACAGCCCUGAGCCCCAGCAACCUCUGGACUGCAGCACGCACUACUCCCCCAUCUCCGACACCUAUCACUGCAUAACCUGUGACAAGCCGUUCGACAACCCCCCCUGUCCUCCUCUACCACGGCAGGUGUUCUCAACCCCUCAUGGGCUGGAAGUGCAUGUCAGACGGUCCCACAGCGGGACCAGACCCUUCGGCUGCAGCAUCUGCAGGAAAACGUUCGGUCACGCUGUUAGCCUGGAGCAGCACAUGAACGUCCACUCACAGGAAAGGAGUUUUGAAUGCAAGAUGUGUGGAAAGACGUUCAAGCGCUCCUCUACUCUGUCCACUCAUCUGCUCAUCCACUCGGACACCAGACCGUACCCGUGUCAGUAUUGUGGGAAGAGAUUUCACCAAAAGUCGGACAUGAAGAAACACACCUACAUCCACACAGGUGAGAAGCCCCACAAAUGCCAGGUAUGUGGCAAGGCGUUCAGCCAGAGCUCCAACCUCAUCACACACAGCCGUAAACACACAGGCUUCAAGCCCUUUGGCUGUGAGAUUUGUUCGAAGGGCUUCCAACGCAAGGUGGACCUCCGCAGACAUCAUGAGAGCCAGCAUGGCUUGAAGUGAAGGAUGGAGAAAAUGUGCCCCAACAACAACAUAGCAAAGAGAGAGAAGGACAGGGAGACCAGCAUAAUGUACUCUGUAGAGUAGUAAACAUGGCACAAAUCAGGACACAAAAAUGGCCACUACAGGCAUUAAUCUGUGUUUACAUAGUAUUGGAUCUUAUAAUGCUUUAGAAAAAGUCAUCCAGAGCCGGGAGUUAACCAACAGAAAUAAGACGACACAAAUGAUGAAGAUACUUUAUGAUCUUUUCUGUACUUGCUUUCACUUAAAGAGAAACAACUGAAAUUCAACUAAAAUGCAGAGUUAAUGGAAAAGACAUUCAAGUCAAAUGUGAAGAGAGAUCUAGGUCUCAAAAUGUUGUUGCAUAAUGUAUUUAAGAAAACGCUUUAUAUGUUCACAAAGAGUGUGUGUAUUAUUCAUAUUUAUACAUUUAUCGUAUGUAAAAUAAAAGUCAGUAAUUGUGUAUGGAUGAAGACAUUUUGUCCAAAUAAAAGAUGAGAUUUUAUUAU